CAAUUUCAAUAGCUUUCCAUAGCUUUGUUUGGAAUGGACAAAGCCAUGGAAAAACAUUAUGAAGAACCUCAGUGGUCAUCUUGUCUGUCAAAACCUUUGACACUAGAGGUUAUCAAAGAAGGAACUGUGAUAGAUAUUCUCAGGUUGAUAGGAAAGCCUUAUUUUUUGAUAGGAAGAACUCCGGACUGUGACGUUCAACUGGAACACCCUAGUGUCUCCCGACUUCACGCAGUCAUUCAGUCAGAUGGCUCACAAGUAUACUUGUACGACGUGGAAAGUACUCACGGUACUUUUUUAAACAAAACAAAGUUGGAGCCCAAACAAUAUUAUUUGUUCCACACUGGAGAAUUGCUGCGUUUUGGACUAUCCACCAGACAGUUCGUUCCAUCUUAUGAAACGAAAGAGGAGGAGAAACUUUUAGAGACUAAUUGCGAUUCACCAGUAUCUUCAAAAGGUAUUUCUGAGGGAAAGGAAUCACAGACGAAGAACAACGACCCAAUUAGUAACUGGGUUGGUAAGAAUCCACAAGUCUAUUCAGAGGAAGAUGAAGAGGAAGUGUUUGAAACAGAAGAUGAAGAAAGGCAACGUUUGGAAGCUCUAGGUGGGUUUGAAGAUGUUCUUGGCGCUAAUUAUGGUGAUGAUAGUGAUGAUGAGUUUUAUGAUCGCACUAAAACUCGUUGUGGCGAAACUCUGGUCAAGCCUACUAAUAUUUCUCAUAGACAGGAAGGAAUCACGUAUAACCGACAUAAAAAUAUUGCCAAUGAAACCAUUCAAGAUGAAGAAGAGGACGAGUUGGAAAAGUUUAUGAAGGAGAAUGAACAAACUUUACAAACCCACCGCAAGCAUUCUAUGAUAGUUUCAAACAGCAGUAUUCAUUCCGAUGCAACAAAUAGUUUGAAAAGUAUUCCUUCUGAAAGUAGUCGAUCAUCUUCAGUAGAAAAAGAGAAAGAAGAAACCGAAGCUGAUGUAUUAGAAAAGAAUAGAAAUUCUAGAAAGCGUUCACGUAUUCCUUAUGGUCCAACGAGAGCAUCUUUGCCUUUGUAUGAUGAAAAACUUAUUUCGGCUCAAAGUUCAGAUCCCGAUAGAGAUUGGCAGCCUCCUUCUGGACAAUCUGGUGAUGGCAAAACAUGGUUGAAUGAUGUUUUACAUUACUGACUUGGUAAAAGUAUGAGAACUCUGACUACAUUGUUCUUCAAUCUCAAGAAAUAAUACUAACAUUGUUGUACAAUGACCUCCGUUUGAAACGACACAUAGAAAGUAACUGUUAGGUACGAUAAGAAACAAAAGGAAAUAGAAAAUAUGUCAACUCUAUUUAUUAUGAAGGAAUGUAUGAGAAGAAUACCCAAAGCUGAUAGACAAUAUUAUUUCUUCUGAUUUCCAGUUUCCAUAUUGAUGUUUGUAGCAGAAAUAUUUUUCGGAUUUUCUGGAGACUUGUUCCAUUCCUUUGCAGCUUUCUGAAACGCUUCACGAUGACUUAGAAAAGGAUUUUCUUUUUUCACCUAAAGUAAAUACAGAGUGCACGUGGUUGUUAGCUAAGUUUUCUUCCGUUCAUAUAUAGAAUGAAUAUAUUUCGCCUACCUUUAAUACGCAGUUUCUCAUAAAUAGAUUAUAAUGAGAUAGACUUCUUCCUUUUCUUUGAAUAGAUUGUUUAGUUAUCUUUUUGCUUGGCAUGUCAAUUCAAUUGCCAAGUCACCAAAUGUUCGAAGUCUGAAAUCCACAUCCAAAGAGAAAGAAGAAAUACGUGUCCAAAGAGAGUUGUAAAGUGAAAUAAGAUAGUUGAAUAAAUAUAACUUUCUUUAUAAUAAUAAAAUAUAAAUAGAAUUUCAUAUUG